AUGAUACACGGCCCGUGCGGUCAUGCGAAUUUGAAUUCACCUUGCAUGAAGAAUGGUGUUUGCACGAAAAGGUUUCCAAAGAAGUUUGCACAGCGAACUGAGGCCAAUGAUGAUGGUUACCCUGUAUAUAGGAGAAGGGACGAUGGAAGAACGCUAAUGAAGAAAAACACAAUUCUUGACAAUGGUUUUGUGGUUCCUUACAACCGUACAUUAUUGAGUAAAUACCGAGCCCACAUCAAUAUCGAGUUGUGCAACCAGGGCAAGUCAAUAAAGUAUCUGUUCAAGUACGUCAACAAAGGACACGAUCGUGUCACAACAACAUUUUUUCAACCUUCGUCUACAGACGCCGCUUCUGUUGGAUCCCCUGUCAUUAGAUUGAGCUUCCAUCUCCCCGACCAUCAGCCGUUGAUAUUUAAUGAGAACCAAUCUUUAAAGAGUGUCCUGGAAAGACCAACAACAAAGAAAAUCAUGUUUUUGGCGUGGUUCGAGGCGAACAAGAAGUACCCACCAGCUAGGGAAUUACGGUAUGGAGAGUUUCCCCAGCAUUAUGUGUACAAGGAGGAUUCUCGUGUAUGGGUGCCGAGAAAGCAAGGGUUUUCUAUUGGAAGAGUCACCACUGUACCCCCGGGAAAGGGAGAAGACUUUUAUCUGAGAUUGCUGCUCAACAUCCAGAGAGGGUGCACCAGUUACGAAGACAUACGAACGGUUAGUGGCAAUGUUUACGCGACAUUUAAGGAUGCAUGCUAUAUUUUGGGGCUGCUUGAGGAUGACAAGGAGUACAUUGGUGCAAUCAAAGAGGCGUACGGUUGGGCAAAUGGCCACUUUCUCAGACUGUUGUUUGCUGUUAUGCUAAUUUCUAAGAGUUUGAGCAGACCGGAAUAUGUUUGGGAGAGUUGUUGGUCGAAUUUGUUCGAUGACAUUACAUACAAGCACGAAAGGUGCCAUAAUAAUCCAAAUGAUAGUUUGAAGAACUAUGCGUUGAUUGAAAUCGAGAAAAUCCUACAAAGCGACGGCAAGAGCUUGCGGAAUUUUGACUCUAUGUCUGUGCCACUACAUUCGUCGAAUGACACGGAGAAUCGAUUAGUGCUCGAUGAGUUGGACUACGACGUCGUUGCGGAUGGCUGA